AAUUUCAUUAUCUUUGUAAUAUGUUAUUUUGAACACAGCCAUCCGUCAGUGAGUUUUACACCCAAAACGAUAAACCCAAAACUAUUCUCUCCUCUAACGAAUUCCAAAAUCCCCAAUUCUCGCGCCAAAUACCUAAUUCUCUCACCUCUAUCUAUCGAAUUCCAAAAUCCCGACAGUGCCAUCACUGCCGCCUUAACUGCCAUCACCAUCACCGUCCACUGCCAUCAUCGAGCUCAACACUGUUUGCACUCUUCCGUUAUCAUCACCGCCAUAACAGUUUCCUCUCUCCGAAACGAAACAUUGAAGAAAUAUGCAGAUCCAAGUGAAGUGUAGCUGCAGCGCAGAGAGCUGCCCAGAAUGGGCCAUCGUGGAAUUGCAAGGUGUAGUUGAAGUUCAGCCAUCACUUCAAGAUCGCCUUCAAAACCUCGUGAUUGGGGAGCUUUGCCGCCCUUCUUCACAGGAGAACUACACUUUCACGGUUGGGUAUCAUGAAUUGACAGGGUCUAAGGUCACCUUGAAGAAGCCAUUGUUGGUUUUGAAGAAAGUCAAGCUUAUGGAUGUGGACCAGGGCAGUGAAAACAGUUCAGUGGAGGUAGCAUUGGAUGUAAUCGGCAUUAUCCGCCGCAAGAUUUUGUUCAAGACCAGACCCAGGGCCUUGAUAUCAAGUAAUAUUCAACCGGAGGGGAGUAGUAGAGGUGGAAAUCGAUUAGGAUAGCGGCUUUGGUGAAUAGAGGGUUUAUGGGUAUGAUUUGAUGAUGCCAUGACUGAUCUAAGGGUAGAAAUAAAUGAGAGAAUUUGGUAUUAGGAUUAUGACUGAUCUAAGGGUAGAAAUAAAUUAGAGAAAUUGGUAUUAGGAUUAUGGGAUUUGAGAGAGAUGAAAUGAAAAAGAGGAGAGUUUAAGGAAGGGUGUUUAUGGAAUUAAUUUUUUUUUUUUUAAACAGAUUUUAGGACGAAAAAUUUUUAAUU